CGCUCAGAGCCAGUAAUGGGAGACAAACUGGGGUGCCAGAGCGCAGGCUGCCGGUCAGCUGGUGACAUCUUCAUUACUUUUUAUUUUUCUUCGUUCUUUUGUUUCCAUUGAAGAGAAGAAUUUGAUCAUUUAAGCUGAUUUCAAGCAGGAGGUGAACACAGCAAACCGUGUGCUGGUUUAAUCUAACUUUCCACGCUGGCUAAAAUGUGUGUUAUGUGAAAUUGCACACAGAUUGUCUGGAAUUUGAGACAUGGAAGAGCAGUGAGGCAGCUUUAUCAAAAUGCCUUGUAACUGGAAUAUAACUUUUUCACGGAGUUCCUAUGGAAUAUAGUCCGAUAUUACCCAGUUUACAUGUUGUGCUAUCAUCCCACGUGAGGAACAAACUCUUUGUAUUCUGCAUAAUGCUGUCCCUUUGGGUGUAUAUGAUAUAUUGUUGUGUUGGGUACUGCUCAACUAUGCCAAACCUAAGGUACGGCCCGCUGAACAGACACGAAAACGAAGCUGAAGUUGACAAUCAAGCAUCGUCGUUGGGGGCGUCCAGGGACCUACUGAAUAACGAAAAUGAUUUGGACAGCAGAGGAGACGAGUGGGAAGAAAUUAGAGGCGAGGCGAAGGCGCUGGAUGAUAAUGCCAUGUCAAGUUUCCUCAAUGAGACGGAAAGUAAAAAGCUGCCCCAGGCGAUCAUCAUCGGCGUGAAGAAAGGAGGUACCCGGGCGCUGCUAGAGUUUCUGCGCCUGCAUCCAGACAUCCGAGCCGUGGGAGCAGAGCCGCAUUUCUUCGACCGCAACUAUGAGAAGGGACUAGAGUGGUACAGGAAAUUGAUGCCCAAGUCAUCAGAGGGCCAGCUGACCAUGGAGAAGACACCCAGCUACUAUGUCACAAAGGAGGUCCCUGCUCGGAUCUACACAAUGUCCAGAGACAUCAAGCUAAUUGUAGUUGUUCGGGACCCUGUCACACGAGCCAUCUCAGACUAUACUCAAACCCGCUCCAAGAAGCCAGACAUCCCCUCUUUCGAGAGUCUGACUUUUAAGAACAUGUCAGCAGGUCUGAUUGACACCACAUGGAGUGCCGUUCAGAUCGGCAUGUACGCCAAACACCUUGAGCGCUGGCUCCAGUUCUUCCCCAUGGAGCAGCUGUUGUUUGUUAGUGGAGAGCGUCUCAUUACAGACCCUGCAGGUGAGAUUGCUCAGGUUCAGGAUUUCCUUGGACUCAGGAGGGUGAUCACUGAGAAGUAUUUCCACUUUAACCCAGCAAAAGGGUUCCCCUGCCUUAAGAGACCAGAAGGGAACAGUAAGCCACAUUGCUUGGGUAAAACCAAAGGCAGGACACAUCCUAACAUUGACCCAGAGGUGGUGCAGAGACUGAGAGACUUUUAUAAACCCUUUAAUAGCAAAUUUUACAAGAUGACUGGUCAUGACUUUGGCUGGGAUUAAGAGAAAAAAGAUGACAGACUCAUGCUGAUCUCUUGUCUGAGUUGUUUCUUUUUUUAUGGUAUCAUUCAAGAUAUCUUCUUUUACAGUGUCUGUACAGUAUUUGGUGCCGUGUAAAGAGCUCAGAAGUCUAUUUUAUGCUAAUUUAUUGAUACGAUAUUAACUCAUUAAACUGCCUGAGCAGGUUUAUUUGUGGUUCUGGUUCUCAUGUCAUUCAUACUGAUUUGUUUACAAGCACAGCCUUUUUCUACAGGCAUUAUGACCAGGGUAAGUAUCUUUUUUUUUUGAGCCGAAAUCUUUCUUUUUUUGGCUGUUGUUUCACCUCAACCUGAUUGACAUCCGGCUCCACCAUAAACUGGUAAUAUCCCCUUAACAUUUGCCUGACCCUCAGAGGACCGUGCACCCACUUAGUCAGGUCGAUGCAGGCCUCAGCUGAUCCUGUACAACUUGCCAGGUGGAUCAAUACAGUAAUAGCUCCUCAUCAUGUCAAUUAGACCUGAGUGAUGGCAUCGCCUUGCACUCUCCAGUAUCUCAAUAAAACAUUGAUCCAUCAUUGGCAGUAAGUUCAUGGUUGAUCCUUAAGCCAAAUUCAAGCUGAAACAAAAAUAUAAUUCCACCUGCAGGUUUUGCCAAUUUUUUUAAUGUUUAUUUCAGGACGGAGUCUGGCCACCAUGUUGUUUGGGAUGUUAUUAUUAAUUCCCCUUAGAGCUGCUGCUCAGGCUUCAUAAUGCCUAAACAUUAUAUGAUUUACUGAAACUCAUAUAAGUCAGUCACAUAUAUUGAUCAGUACUGAAAUUACUUGCAUUGAUCACUCUGCAGCUUUUUGUACUAUCAGUGAUAUGCUGUGUUAAUUUAAUCUGUUCACAUGACACAUCACUGAAAAGCAUCAUCUUGUUUGGUUUUACUUCCAUUUAUAGCUGAAGAGACUUCAAAUCAACUUUCAAAAAUUCCUCAUUUAAAAUUUCAUUUUAUGGUUGAGUUUUAUUCAGCCUUAACAAAGAGAAAUUUGCCAUUAUUUUCAGCAUCGUUCAGCGCUGCAAAAACAUUGUUGUGGAAGCACUUUUUUGCUAUCUGCACUAAUUUACAAUACAAACAUAGAAAUGAAGCAGUUUUGAGUGAAAUUUAGAUUAAAUGGUAAAGUCAUGUGUUUUUUUUAUAAAGUAAAAAAAUAAAUUUGUUUCUACCUAAAUCAAAUCAUGUACUCUGCUUUUUUAUUUUUUUUAAUGGUACAAAUAAGCCGUAAUUGCUGAAUUGGCUUUGCUUGCACUGUAUUACCUGUAUGUAUCUCUGGAUCCCUGUGGAUAGAAGCUGAAGCCAUUUACCAUUUUGAACAUUAUUGUGCUAAUUAGCACAGCUCUAUUAACUACAUUUAGCUGUCUCAGCCUCCCACUGCCACCACUGCAAGGGUGUUGUUGCCAUGACCUCAAUAAACACAUAUUUAAGUGUCAAA